UGAGACUGGUCACGAAGCCUCUGCUAGGAUUCGGGUGGAGAAUAUUCUACGGGAAGAGAAGAUGAUGGCUGCUCACGAAUUGGUUGAAUUGUUCUGUGAGCUUAUUGCUGCUCGUCUUCCUAUUAUGGAUGCACAAAACCCUAAAGAAAUCCCCAAAUUCCAUACGCUAUGGCGGAGGGAGUGACAAGUCUGCUCCCAGCGAAGCUCUGAUUUCCUCCGUGCCGUCCACCCUCCGGACUCCACAACCACAACUCCACAAGUCCGCCCCUGCUGACUGCUGCCUCUCCAAUUUCCAUCUCAAGAAGAAGCUCAACCAUUCUCAAAUUCCAGAAGCAUAAUUUCAUAAAUUUGAAGGUAUGGAGAAAUAUUUUGGAAAAAGACCAAGAAUUUUGGAUUCUUGUCCAGAACUAGAAGCACAGAAUGCUGAAGAAAAUUUGAUGGAGAAUGAUGAUAUAAAUGAAAGUGAAAUCAAGGCUGAUCCUGGUUUGCGAAAACCAAUUGCAGAAUAUGGUGUGAAUAUCUGGGAUCGUAUUCGUAGAGAAUAUGUAGCAAAAGGCCCUUGUCAACCAAAGGGUAAUAUUUUUCAAAGAACGCGUCAAGGAAAAGAUAAUAGGAGUUUUAGAGAUGCUUGGUACAAAGAUUAUGAUUGGCUAGAAUAUAGUGAAGCGAAACAUGCCGCAUAUUGCUUUUACUGUUUUCUUUUCAAGCGUGGUUAUGUGGCACCGGGAGAUGAAGCCUUCACUAGUUGUGAUUGUUCUAAUUGGAAAAAAGCACUAGAAAAAUUCAAGGCGCAUGUUGGGGAUAAAAGUAGUGCACACAACAAAGCAAGGAUAGAAUAUGAAAAUUUUGUCAAUCAAAGGCAAAGUGUGACUUAUGUUGUAAGUAGAGGUAUGACAACAAAAGAAAAGGAAUAUCGAAUUCGAUUGACUGCAACUGUUGAUGUAGUUCGUUUUCUUUUGAUUCAAGGUUUGCCUUUUAGGGGACAUGACGAGUCAUCUACGUCUUUGAACAAAGGUAAUUUUCUUGAGUUAUUAGAAUGGUAUGGUUUGAGGAAUGAUGAAGUUGGUAAAGUGAUUUUGAAAAAUGCCCCUAGAAAUAACCAAAUGACUUCUCCAUCAGUCCAAAAAGAUAUGGCUAAUGCUUGUGCGGUGGAAACCACACUUGAUAUAUUGGGAGAACUUGGAGACAGACACUUUCAAUCCUAGUUGAUGAGUCACGUGAUUGCUCAACAAAGGAGCAAAUGGCAAUUGUCAUAAGAUUUGUGAACAAGGAUGGUCAGAUAAUUGAAAGGUUUUUAGCUUUGGUUCAUGUCAAAAAAACUACAUCAGUUUGUUUGAAAGAGGCAAUUGACUCCGUAUUUGCUAAGUUUAAGUUAUCUUUGUCAAGAUUGAGAGGCCAAGGAUACGAUGGAGCAUCAAACAUGCGAGGUGAAUGCAAUGGAUUGAAAGCACUAAUUUUAAAGGAAAAUUCACCAGCUUGGUAUGUCCAUUGUUUUGCCCACCAACUUCAAUUGGUAUGUGUGGCCGUGUGCAAGACAAAUCAAUAUGUUUGUGAUUUUUUCAGUUAUCUUAUCUCGAUUGUCACACCAUGUGGUUCUUCUUGCAAAAGGGCUGAUAUGAUUCGACUAAUUGAGCACGAUAGACUAGUUGAAAUGAUAGAGAAUGGGGAAAUCGGUACUGGUAGAGGCCAAAAUCAAGAAACUUCUUUGAAGAGACCAUGUGAUACUCGAUGGGGAUCUCAUUAUGUCACCGUGAUUCGUCUUGCAAAUAUGUGGCAGUCAGUAACCGAAGUACUUGAAAACGUACUUGUUGAUGGAGAAGAAUAUGAAACAAGGGGCAAAGCUAUAGGUCUCGUACAGAAAAUGGAGACUUUUGAAUUUGUAUUCAUCCUUAUGUUGAUUAAACAUUUGUUGGGGGUUAUUAAACCAUUGUCUUGUGCCUUGCAACAAAGAGAUCAAGAUAUUUUAAAUGCGAUUUUCUUGAUGGAGAAUGUGAAAGAAAGCUUGAGAUCAUUUCGAGAAUUUGGAUGGGAUACUCUCUUGCAAGAAGUGAAUGAUUUUUGUAGGGCAAAUGACAUUUCAAUAACAAACAUGGAUGAUGAUGCUCCAAAGCGGAUUAGUAAGAGGAAUGGUUCAAACAUCAAGAACUACCAUCAUUAUCGUGUUGAAAUAUUUUGUCAGGUCGUCGACUUACUUACACAAGAGAUGGAAAAUCGUUUCUCUGAGGCAUCCGCAGACUUACUAAGUUGUAUGGCAUGCCUCGAUCCAAAAAAUGAUUGCUUUUAACGUUCAUAAGCUUGUUCAUCUUGCUACUCUUUACCCAAAGGACUUCACAUCGACUCAACAUACUGAAUUGUUUAAACAACUUGAAACUUUUGUUGAUGUUGUGAGAAGAGAUGCACGAUUGAAUGGUAUUGAAGAUUUGGCUAGCCUAUCUCAGAAGAUUGUUGAAACCAAGAAAGAUAAAGUUUUUCCGUUGGUUUAUCGUCUGAUUGAGUUGGUAUUGAUCUUACCUGUAGCGACUGCAUCUGUUGAAAGAGUAUUUUCAGCAAUGAAAUUUAUCAAGACUGACUUGCGGAAUAGGAUGGGAGAUGAGUGGUUGAAUGACAGUUUGGUAGUAUACAAUGAAAGAUCCAUCUUUGCUAGUGUUUCUAAUGAAAGAAUCUUGAAACGUUUUCAAGAUAUGGAUACCCGUAGAAAUCAGUUGUCUCGGUUAACAGAUGCUAGAGCUACUUGAAUUAUAAUAGACUUUCAUUUUGCUAAAAAAACAUAUUGAAGUAUUAUAUUUAAUAUUUUAUUAUUUAUUA